AUGGAUGAAAUGGAGCAAAUGCUAUCAACUCUGCCUCUUCUCAAACAUCUGGAGCUUCACACUGAAUGCGCCACUGAUCUAGUUGAUGGAUUUCGAUGGGAAAGUGCUAGUCACGAUCUUGUUACGCUAAACUUCUACUUCAUUGUACAUCUCGACAAUGUGGAACAAACUCUUGAUUCAUUUCGUACGUGCUAUUGGCUCACAGAAAAGCGUUGGUUUGUAGCUUACAAGCGUAAACGCUUUUUUUCAAUACCAUACUUUGGUAAAACUUCGGUCUCCAUGGGUUUCCGCCGUCACGUCAUUUCAACAGCAACUAAUGACCAGAUUUGUUUUGAUCGAAUUACAGAGCUUGAAUCAUCAGCAUCAACUGCUCAUAUAAAUCACUACUUCCCCAAUGUUCGAACAUUGAAGCUAAAUGAUGUUUGCCAUUUUAAAACGAUCUCAAGUAUCAUUCCUCUAAAUGAAAUAACGCACCUAAUUCUUUCCUACUGGAUUACUAGCUGGACAAUGAUUUCCUAUUGUGUAGAACAAAUGCCUUCCCUUCAUACACUAUCCGUUAUGAACAAUUCAUCCGAAUUACUGGAAUGUAAACAAAGCAUAUAUUUCAAGCAAAUUAAAACACUUCAUAUCGACGCACAGUGGCCAUUAAACGUAAUAGAUCGCAUUGAAGAACUUGGCCGAUGUUUUCCUUCUGUUGAACAUUUACACGCGACGUCGCAUUGCUCAUCGAUUUUUGUUCGUAUGAUUGACGGAUUUAAACAUUUAUCAAAUGGAUCAUUUAUGUUCACUGGGGUAUCUGAAAUUCAGCGAAAAGACUGGUCAGUAAAACCAGAAUGGGCAAUAUAUGGAGCAAGACGGCUACGAGUGGGUAAAUUUACUUGUCGCUUCUCUGAGCCAUACAUUUACGUGUGGAUUGACGAACAAGUGGGUAGAUUUCAAAAAUGA